AAAGGUAAUUGAAACCGACCUAAAGCUCCUCUUUAAUUAUUCCAAAAAGGUAGAUCCGAUUAUUGCUAACUUAAGCAUCGAAGUGUCUAUCCCGAGAACCCAUCUCAGAGCUUUGUAGAAAAGUUGACAACAAAGGAUUUGUGGCAUAGGUUUCAGAUGUAUGGUAAGGUGGUUGAUGUUUAUGUUCCGGAGAAGAGAGAUAGGAGAGGAAGACGCUUUGGUUAUGCAAGAUUGGCUGGUAUACAGAAUGCAAAUAGGAUGGAGAAACAGUUGAAUGAGAUCUGGAUUGGAACUUAUAAGCUGAGGGUGAAAGUUGCAGAUAAAUUACAGAGAAAGAAUGCUGGAGAGAGGAAAGAAGUGGUGGCAGAGAAAACAGAGACUGCAGGACGGGGUUUGUAUAGAAUGGUACAGCCAGGCCAAUCCUAUGCACAGGCAGUAGCAGGACCAGUUUUGCUAAACGCAGGGAAUAUGGCAGAGCGAGUCAAAGAGAAAGACGAUCUGCAACAGAAGAUUGUGCGGAGGGUACCCUUGAAGGGAUGGAGCGAGAGAUGUUUUGUUGAAAUAGCAAGCACAAUGGGUGAGGUGCUUUUACUCCAUGAAGAUACGAGCAAGAAAACCUUUUUGUGUGAUGGUCGAGUCUUGAUCCUUAGCUCAGACAUGAACAAAAUUGCAACAAGUAUUAGUUUGAUGGUUGACGGCCAAUUGUUCGAGUUACAGGUGACGCAGGAAGAAUGGAGAGUCGAUCCUGACUGGUGGUUGUCCGACAACGACCGGCAAAGUGAGACAAGGACAGAAUCGGGAUUUCUUUCUGAGCAGGACUGUUACGGAGACGACGGAAUCAAUGCUGGCGAGAUUGGGGACAGUUAUGGGGAUAGUAUUGAUGAGGUGCAAUCAAAGGGGGAUGAGGAGAUGAUUUUAUUAACAGAGGAUUCGGUGGAGGGAGUUGCGGAUUUAAAUUUGGAACUAAUGCACCAUGAAAUAGUGGAAGGAGAUAAUGGCCCUGUUAGUGUAAUUGGGCCUGAGGAUACAAGAUGUGAUGGGCUAGAGAUGGGUUGUAUAGGUCCAAAUCAGGAGGGUGUGGGAGAUAAGGUAAAUGGGCUGAUUGAGGAAGUGGCAACGGAAUCUCCUUCAGUAAAAGGACAGGGUGCCACCGGCUGUGUAAUUGAAAAACGAAGAAAUAUAGGGGAGUGUUACCCAGAAGAUGUGUGGAAAUUAGGAAAGCGAAAGCACAAUGGAUUACGGGAAGAACGAAGCAACGAAAGGAGAGGAGUGCAAGAAUCCAACAAAUUACCACAAGGGAGGGACUGCGGGCAGAAGGCGCAUCUUUGUUUGAUGGAUGCAUUGCGCACAGAAAUAGAGUGAUUCAGCGGGAGAUGAAUCUUCAUGAGACUUCUUUCUGUUUGGUUUGGGUAAGAUUGUUGGGAAAGAGAUGGGUUCUUGCAUUUUCUUAUUGGUAUCUUGGUAUAUUUGGUAUUGGAGGAAUAAUAUAGUUUUUAAAAAUGUGAGGAAUGUGGGACAGCAGGUGUUGGAUGCAGUACAAGCUAAGUCCUUUGUUUGGAUUAAACACAAGGUGUAGGGUUGUGUUUUCUCAUUUUAUGAUUGGCAAUCAAAACCAGUGGAUUGU